AUGAGAUUCACCUUGCCCAAAAAUAUCCUCCCACCUCUCACGUUGUCCGAUGAGCAGCGAGACUCUUUAGUCAAAGAAGCAGAUACUGUCGUACAAGAACUUGUUGCAGCAAACGAGAGCUUUAAUUCUCAAGGGUGUACGCUUGCGUAUCCUGAUUGGAAACUCGUGCGGGCAAAAGAUGGUGUACAAGUGUAUCGACAGCGAAAAGGAGCGAUGAAGCAAGAGUCGACACCGUGCUCGCCGCCAGUUCUUCAAAGUUCAUCACAGCCAAAAGAAGACGAAUUCUUUCGAUUUCGCACAUUUAGUAGCUGUAGUAACGUCGACAUUAGUGCAAAAAACGACACGUACUCUUCAUCUUGGUCUGGUAUCUCAUCUGAAAAUAUCAUGGAGAAAAUGAGACCGCCUGGUGUGGCUCUCUUGGCUUUACAGGGCGUAAUGGAUGGUACCAUAGACGAUUGUAUGUUUGGGUCUGUCGCGGCUACGGAUGAGGCUUGGAGGCUGCGCAGCUCACACAUUAACGACCAUCUUGAUGACGCUCGAAUUCUAGCAACUCUUCGAGCACCGACCUGUACCGAUCCCUGUCAAUUUCUAGGAGUCAAGUGGUUCGUAAAGGAGCAUCCAGUCAUUCUCAAAGGGAUUGUCCAGCAGCGCGAUUAUCUCAUUCUUGAGUCCUCGGGCUUUACAUACGAUUCGAAAUGCGAAAGAGUUGGCUAUGUGCUGCUGCAUUCAAUUAAACUACGGGAUGUUCCGGAACUUAUGCAUUUGGGAAUCAUUCGCGGAGAAAUGAGUUUCUGCUACAUAUAUCGACAAGGCGGACCUGGUAAAAUUGACAUUUUUUGUCGUGGGUUUUAUGAUUCCCGCGGUGGCGUACCGAGUCGUAUAUCGGUGUCACUCGCCGCGGAGGCUGCGAUCUGCUGUACUAAUGUUGUGGACUAUGCGGUCAUUAAAAAGCUGCGAUGGCUCAUGACCCACGCAAGGAAGCGCUCGAUUGAGGCCAAUCAGUUCAACACUCAGUAUUGCGAAGCUUGUGCGAAGAAGCUCAAUACGAUCUCAUUAUCCAGAACUCGUGUGCCUUGCAGAAUUUGUUUUCAGAUUGUCUGCUCAAAAUGCAGAGUAAGCAAGAAAAUGACUGUGCACGUGUCAGACAACGGAUCAAUUCAACAACGAUCCGUGCAGUUUUGUCUGCGCUGCGUGCGUGUAGCAAAGCAGCAAACCGGUUGGCAGAUGGAAAGCAUUCUCAGCGAAUUGUCGACAGCUUAUCAUUCGACAAACUCGUCAGGGUCAACUUUAGCGUCUGAAAUUUAG